GACAGAAUCGAGUGCGCUGUGAGAUGCAAUGUAUGUCUGUGCGCGAAUGUAACGAUAAAGUGUUAUUUUUCUAUUAAAAACUCUCAAAAAGUGCACAAACUAAACAAAAAUGUGUAUUACGUGGCUAGUGUAAUCGAUUAUUGUAUGUGUUAGGUGUACUAAAAGUGUUUAGUGUGCCCCAUGAGGGAAGUUAAACUAAAAUGUGGAUUACUAGCAACAAGACGGAUUAUUAUUUUUGGAUUAUAGCAUCUUCCACAUUCGUACUUCUCUUCUUGGUACACACGGCAGCAGGAUUUGUGUCCUGUUCGCCGAGUCCUUGCAAAAAUGGCGGGGCUUGUGUAUCGUCUCCGAAAGGCGGUUAUGCUUGCAAUUGUACGAAGAAAUUUGUAGGAGAGUACUGUCAACACCUGAACCCCUGUCAUACGGGUCAGGGUCCGCGAUGUCAGAACGGCGGUACGUGUCAAGUGCGCGAGGGGAUAUCCGCCGGCGGUUCCCCCAGCUUCACCUGCCUGUGCCCGCUCGGCUACAGCGCGUCACUUUGCGAGAUCCCGAUAGCUAAUUCCUGUGAUAGAAAACCCUGCCUGAACGGCGGGACCUGCCUCCUCACGAUGACCCUCGACACCCAUCAAUGCUACUGCGCUCCAGGAUAUACCGGAAAGAACUGCGAAAAACAGGAUCAUUGCGCGUCGCAACCGUGUCGAAACGGUGCAGAGUGCAUAUCGGUCGGCGAUUCGUACGAGUGCAAGUGCGCGCCUGGUUUUACAGGAUCGUCAUGCAAGGACGACAAGGACGAGUGCCGUCACAAACCCUGCAAACACGGAAAGUGCCAUAACACCCAUGGAAGCUAUGCUUGUACUUGCGAAGAAGGAUACACAGGACAAAAUUGCGAAAGCGAAUAUAUUCCUUGCGAUCCAAGUCCGUGUCUAAAUGGUGGCCAGUGUCGACGGAGAGAUAAACAUUCUUACAUUUGUGAUUGUCCAUCUGGUUUCCGAGGUGUAAACUGCGAAGAAAACAUCGACGAUUGCCCAGGGCAUUUUUGUCAAAACGGCGCGACCUGUGUGGACGGUAUCAAAAGUUACAGCUGCCAGUGUCCUGCAACGUACGAAGGGCAAAACUGCGAGCAGGACGUGGACGAAUGUUCGUUGCGUCCAUCAGUGUGCCAAAACGGCGCCACGUGUACAAACACCGUUGGAGGAUAUUCCUGUAUAUGCGUAAACGGAUGGACGGGACCCGAUUGUAGCGUUAACAUUAACGAUUGCGCAGGGGCUGCGUGUUUUAAUGGAGCCACUUGCAUAGACAGAGUCGGCAGUUUUUAUUGCAGAUGUACCCCUGGAAAAACCGGUCUUCUUUGCCAUUUGGAUGACGCCUGCACCAGCAAUCCAUGUCACGCCGAUGCUAUUUGCGACACGAGUCCCAUAAAUGGCUCGUACACUUGCAGUUGCGCUUCUGGAUACAAGGGAAUCGACUGUUCCGAAGAUAUCGACGAGUGCGAACAAGGUUCUCCUUGCGAACACGACGGCAUUUGCGUCAACACGCCCGGCAGCUUCGCCUGCAAUUGCACCCAAGGAUUCACCGGUCCCAGGUGCGAAAUCAACGUCAACGAGUGCGAAUCUCAUCCUUGCCACAACGACGGCUCCUGUCUGGAUGACCCUGGAACCUUCAGAUGCGUUUGCAUGCCCGGUUUUACUGGUACACAAUGCGAGAUCGACAUAGACGAAUGCAAAGACAAUCCCUGCUUGAAUGGCGGAAUUUGCCACGACUUGAUCAACUCCUUCAAAUGCUCCUGCACCGUGGGGUUCACCGGAUCUCGAUGCCAAACGAACAUCGACGAUUGCAUAUCGAACCCUUGCCGAAACGGAGGCGCAUGCCACGAUUCAAUCGCGGGAUACACGUGCGAAUGUCCGCCGGGAUUCAACGGCAUGUCCUGCGAAACGAACAUCAACGAUUGCCAAUCGUCGCCUUGUCAGCACGGCGAGUGCAUCGAUGGGGAGAAUUCAUUUUCCUGUACCUGUCAUCCUGGAUAUACAGGGUAUCUAUGUCAAACUCAGAUAAACGAGUGCGAAUCAAACCCUUGCCAGUAUGGAGGUACUUGUCAGGACUUGGUCAACAGAUAUCAGUGCAUUUGUAAGGCUGGAACUUCAGGACCGAAUUGCGAAAUCAACGUAAACGAAUGCUACAGCAAUCCUUGCAGAAAUAACGCCAGAUGCGUCGAUGGAAUCAACAGUGAGAACCCAUUUCAACCUUAUAGCUGCGAAUGUCUGCCUGGAUUCACCGGACGUCAUUGUGAAAACGACAUAGACGAGUGCUCUUCGAACCCGUGCGCCAACGGCGGCGUCUGCAUCGACUUGGUGAACGGAUUCCGAUGCGAAUGUCCGCGAGGAUACUUUGACGCCCGUUGCCUCAGCGACGUGGACGAAUGUGCGUCGAAUCCUUGCCGUCACGGCGGCAGCUGCGAGGACGGCGUCAAUCAGUUCAUAUGUCACUGCUUGUCCGGCUACGGAGGAAAACAAUGCGAGAUAAACGUGGACGAGUGCGCUUCGAAUCCUUGCCAGCACGGCGGCGUGUGCCACGAUCACUUGGCCUCUUAUUCCUGCGAAUGUCUACCCGGAUAUACCGGUAUCAACUGCGAAACUAACAUCGAUGAUUGCGCCAUUAAUCCUUGCAAAAACGGUGGAUCAUGCAUCGACUUGGUCAACGAUUACAAAUGCGUUUGCGAGCUACCGUUCACCGGUAGACAGUGUCAAGAAAAAUUGGAUCCCUGCCAGCCAAACAAGUGCAGCCAUAACGCCAAAUGUACGCCAAGCUCCAACUUCCUUGAUUUCGCUUGCACCUGUAGCAUUGGAUAUACAGGACGAUUCUGCGAGCAGGAUGUCGAUGAAUGCAUCGUCACUAAACCUUGUCGUAACGGAGCCACCUGUAAAAACACCAACGGUUCCUACCACUGCAUUUGCGCUAAGGGCUACGAAGGAAAAGAUUGUUCGAUCAACACCGACGACUGUGCAUCAUUUCCAUGUCAAAAUGGAGGAUCAUGCUUGGACAGUAUCGGCGAUUACAUGUGCUACUGUGUGAGCGGCUUCGAGGGAAAGCAGUGUCAAAUAGAUGUGGACGAGUGCUUGUCGAAUCCGUGCUUUAACGGUGCCACCUGCAACCAAUAUGUGGACUCCUACACGUGCACAUGCCCUCUUGGAUUUUCCGGCAUCAAUUGUCAAACCAACGAUGAAGACUGCACGGACUCUAGUUGCAUGUACGGCGGAGAAUGUAUCGACAGAAUCAACUCUUACACUUGCCAAUGCACACAAGGCUAUACUGGAACCAAUUGCCAACAUAGAAUCAAUCUUUGCGAAAGCGAUCCUUGCCAAAAUGGCGCAACUUGUCAAGACCACACUACUCACUACACGUGCCAUUGUCCUUACGGAUACACCGGAAAGGACUGUGGAGAGUACGUUGAUUGGUGUUCGACGAAUCCUUGCGAGAACGAAGCCACUUGUAGACAAAUGAAAAAUCAGUACCAAUGUCAGUGUAUGAUAGGAUGGACCGGUAAAGUUUGUGACGUUCAAAUGGUCAGUUGUAACGACGCUGCUAUUAGCAAAGGCGUACCAAAGAAAACCUUGUGUAACAACGGUAGCUGCGAGGAUAUUGGUAACUCUCACAGAUGCCAUUGUUUGGACGGCUACACUGGAUCCUAUUGUCAGGAAGAAAUAAACGAGUGUGACUCUGCACCAUGCCAAAACGGCGCCACCUGUAAAGAUUUGGUCGCUUCCUAUUCUUGUCAGUGCCCUCCUGGGUUCCAGGGUCAAAACUGCGAACUGAACAUCGACGACUGCAUGCCGAAUCCAUGCCAAAACGGCGGUACUUGCCACGAUCAAGUCAACUCGUUUGUGUGCUCGUGUCCACCCGGUACAUUGGGAUACAUUUGUGAAAUCAACAUUGACGACUGUAGGUCGGAUUCCUGCCACAACAACGGUACCUGCAUGGACAAAGUUGGAGGAUUUGAGUGCAAAUGUCCGGCAGGUUUUGUCGGCCCCAGAUGCGAAGGAGACAUCAACGAAUGCCUGUCGAAUCCUUGUUCCGACGCCGGAACCUUGGAUUGCGUACAACUUGUAAACGAUUAUCACUGCAACUGUAAGGCCGGCUACAUGGGAAGGCACUGCGAAAGGAAAGUCAACUUCUGCGCGCAAUCCCCAUGUCAAAACGGAGGAGUAUGCACCACGAUACACGCCGGUCAUAAAUGUUCCUGUCCGGAUGGUUUCUACGGAAAGAACUGCGAGUUUAGCGGUUACGAUUGCGAUUCCAGUCCGUGUCAAAACGGCGGACAAUGUUUGAUUUCCGACGGUGGUGGUUACGUUUGCGAAUGCCCUGCUGGUACGAUGGGUAACAACUGCGAAAUCGACUCUUUAAACGAAUGCGAUAGCAAUCCUUGUUACGGACAGGCUGCUUGCCAAGAUAAACUGGGCGAUUACAUCUGCUUCUGCCCGCCGCAGUUUGUGGGUAAGAACUGUGACAAGUUCGAUAUAGCUUCCCCAGGAGGUAUAGGACAAAAUGUCAUAACAAAACAAGAUGUCAGCAACUUUUACGUGAGAGACCUGGAGAAGCAACGGCAAGAAUGCCUGAAAAUGAAUUGUUCAAUGAAACGAGGAAACAUGAGGUGCGAUGAAGAAUGUAAUAAGUAUGCUUGCGAAUUCGACGGUAACGAUUGCUCGUUGGGCUUGAACCCAUGGGCUAAUUGCACUGCUUCCAUCAAGUGCUGGGAGGUGUUUAUGGACAAAACAUGCAAUGAAGAGUGUAACAACCCACAGUGCCUGUUUGAUGGGCGCGAUUGCGAACAAUCUUUACAACCUUGCAACCCAAUUUACGACGGCUAUUGCCAGAAACACUACGCCAACGGCCAUUGCGACUACGGCUGCAACAAUGCCGAAUGUAACUGGGAUGGGCUCGAUUGUGAAAUAAAUCCUCCAGAGCUCGCUGAAGGUGUCAUCUCCAUGGUUGUUCUAAUGGACGUGCAGGGCUUUAAAAAGAACUUGGUUGCCUUCCUUAGAGACACAAGUCACCAACUGAGAACCACGGUGAGAGUCAAGAAAGACGAACUCGGUAACGAAAUGAUUUUUCCAUGGCACGGAUCGACUCCUAGCGAUUUAAACAACGAUUAUUACACCAGCAAACACAACAUAAUAUAUGCAGAACAGUCGCAGUCCGGUGUGAAAGUCUACUUGGAAAUUGAUAACAGAAAAUGUACUACGACAUCGGAUUCCGAGUACUGCUUCCAAACUGCUAGUGCGGCUGCCGAUUUUUUGGCUGCCAGCGCUUCCCGACACACCCUAUCGAAAUCUUUUCCAAUCUAUCAGGUUGGCACGACCGGCGACGGUCCCGAAGAAAUGCAACAUUCCAAUAAAUGGAUCAUAAUCGGAGCCUUAAUGGUGGUUUGCAUGACGUUCCUCCUCUUCAUGGUGGUCAAAACACAAAGAAAACGUGCUGCUGGUAUCACAUGGUUCCCAGAAGGAUUCCUCGCCAACAACUCGGGGACCAGGCGGUCGAGAAGACGCGGUCCCGAAGGACAAGAGUUAAGAAAUCUCAGCAAAAAUCCAUCGUUACCCGGAAUGGAAGUGGACAUGCGUGGUAAUCAAGGCCACUUACCCCAGUGGUCUGAUGAUGAAUCUGAUAUGCCGCAACCGAAACGUUUCCGAGGUAUAGAAGCUGGAUACGCAAGCGACCAUACCGCCAUAACUGAAUACGAAGAAGCCGAACCCAGAUGGACGCAACAGCAUUUGGAGGCAGCCGAUUUAAGACCGCCAGCGAUGUUGACUCCACCGCAAGGAAACGACCACGCCGACAUAAACGCAAGAGGACCCUGCGGAAUGACCCCCAUUAUGGUUGCUUCCGUUCGCGGCGGUGGAAUGGAUACUGGGGAAGACGAUGAGGACGAAUCUGCCGGUGCCAUCAUACAAGACCUGGUGGCUCAAGGCGCCGAACUGAACGCUACAAUGGACAAGACAGGUGAAACGUCCUUGCAUCUUGCUGCCAGAUACGCCAGAGCCGAUGCUGCUAAGAGGUUAUUGGAUGCAGGAGCGGAUGCAAACGCACAAGACAACACCGGAAGAACUCCUUUGCAUGCUGCAGUUGCUGCUGAUGCUUUGGGUGUAUUCCAAAUAUUGCUUAGGAACAGGGCGACCAAUUUGAAUGCAAGAAUGCACGAAGGAACAACGCCGCUCAUUUUGGCAGCUCGUUUGGCUAUUGAAGGAAUGGUGCAAGACUUGAUAAGCGCCGAAGCCGACAUUAAUGCAUCUGAUAAUUCCGGGAAAACCGCAUUACAUUGGGCCGCAGCUGUUAACAACGUAGAGGCUGUUAAUAUUUUAUUGGCUCACGGUGCCAACAGAGAUGCCCAAGACGACAAAGACGAAACUCCACUAUUUUUAGCAGCCAGGGAAGGUUCUUACCAGGCUUGCAAGGCUCUUUUGGAAGCGUACGCAAACCGCGAAAUAACCGACCAUAUGGACAGACUACCCAGAGAUGUGGCCAGUGAAAGAUUGCACCAUGACAUUGUAAGACUUCUGGAUGAACACGUACCUAGAAACCCGCAAAUGGUAAACGUGAUACAAAACAAUAAUAUUAUGACUUCUCCCACCGGCCAUAUGUUGCAACAACCGACCGUAAUAGUUCCGAAAAGACCGAAAGCGAAGAGACCUAGCAAAAAUAACAAUAACAACAACAACAACGAUCCAAGGAGUCCCGAGAAUGAAAUGACCGGAAGUAUACGACGCAAGGCAAGCGUCAAGAAAACCAAGAAAAAUCAACAACACACCGAAAUUCCACAGAGCGUGGAUUCGAUUACGUCGACAUUGAGUCCGGUGGAAUCACCAAUGACCAAUUUGCCAAGCCCAUACGACACGGCUUCGCUAUACUCCAACAUGGGCUUGACCGCAGGCCUGGAGGGACUGAUGGGAAACAAGCAACCACCCAGCUACGAGGACGUGGUCAAAGGCAACAUACAGCAAACCUAUAACCUGGACAAUUACACGUUCAAUCUAGGUAACUUCCCUGACCAAUUGCAGAUGAUGCAACAGCGGCAAAUGCAACCAAACACGCUUUCGCCCCCCUACUCGAAUCAAUCCCCUCCGCAUUCAGUGCAAUCGAAUCUUUCGCUGUCCCCGCAAGGCUACAACGGUUCUCCGUCGCCGGCAAAGACGCGCCCGUCACUGCCCACCAGCCCUACGCACAUAGCGGCCAUGAGAGCCGCCACCCAUCAGAAGCACGGCGGCGUGCCUCAGACCCAGAACCUUCAGAUGGGCUUCGAUUUCAGCCAAGCAACGAUGGGCUACGCGACCGGGCUAACGGCCACGCAGACCCCCUGCAACCUGCAACCGCAGCAGUACCAGCAGCCCAACUACUAUCUCACUCCCCCCUCCCAACAUUCCGACCUGCUGGCGGACAACUUCUCCACGCCGAGUCCCGAAAGUCCCGGCCACUGGUCGUCGAGUUCGCCCCGCUCGGUCAAUUCCGAUUGGUCGGAAAACAUCGCCAGCCCAAAUACUUACGUGUCUACCGGACACCAAACAAACAAGGGCUCCGAUGCUAUUUAUAUUUGAUUUAGUGUCAUUUCACAAGUGAUUCAUUUUUGUUAUUAUUGAAGCUCGGCCAUGCCGAGCAAAGCGUUGUGGUCUCAAUUUGUAUCAAAGCCAAACCAAGCAAUAUUUUACAUACAUUUAUAGGUACAGAAUAUUUUCGAAUUGGUGUUUGAAAAGAACAAAACUACAACUUCAAAUUUUUGGCAACAAUUUUUACACCAUACUUAAAUCAUAUAGAUCUGAUCUCAAAUUGUUUCUUAUUUUUUAAGGUAGUUUUAUUCUUUUCAGGCAGUAACCGGUAAAUAACUAUAUCAUACCGCUAUUUAUUUCUUUGAAUUUUUUGC